GUGUUGCCUGAUGGGCUAUUUAUUUUGUGAGCUUCCUUUGUCACUAACCUAUGAAUUCUUGGCACAUGAUUAUAAGUCACUUGAGGAAAAAAGAACAUGCAGUUUAGUUACAUUGGUUUUCUAAUGCCCUUAUGUUUUGAACCAGGUGGAAAAUACGAUAAGAUGGAGGAAACGCUGGGAUGAGUAUGGACAUGAAAUUAAGGAAAGCAAUGCUCGGGUGGUCAAGUGGUCAGAUGAGAGCCUUUCCCUGCAUCUAGGCAAUGAAGUGUUUGAUGUCUACAAAGCCCCAAUGCAGGGCAAUCACAAUCACCUGUUCGUUCGAGAAGACACUGGUCUACAGGGACGAGCCGUCUUUAAAUCCAAACUCAUCUUUAGACCUCAUUCUACAGACUGUGCCACACAGAGAAAGAUGACCCUGCCACUUGGUAAUAGAUGCUCAAAGACACAGAGGAUUAGAAUCUUACCAAUUGCUGGUUGUGAUCCUGAGUGCCAGCGCACAGAAAUGAUUAAGAAAGAAGAACGUUUGAGGGCUUCUACUCACCAGACAAUCCAUCUGUGGGAGAAGCAGAGCCAGCAGCGGCUGAGUGUCCCCUACCAGGACCCCAACAGCAUCCAUGAGGAGGAGGAAGGUGCCAAAGCCAUUAAAAACCAUUACCAAGGGGAGCUCCAAGGAGUUGAGGCUUCCAGAAAGAGAAAAGCAGCAGGUGAAGAGGAAGAAAAUGACUGAAGUAUGAAAUGUGCGCUCGUUGUAUACAUUGUAUUGAUCCUUGAAGAACACAGGUUUGAACUGCUUGGGUCCACUUACAGCUAUUUUUUUAAAAAUAAAUAUGGUACAGUACUUUAAAUGUAUUUUCCUUAUGGUUUUCUUAAGCUUACUUUAUUAUAAGAAUAUAUAAUACAUUUAACAACCGAAAUAUGUAUGAAUCAACUGUUUAUGUUAUCUGUAAGGCUUCUGGUCAGCAGUUGGCUGGAAGUAAAGUUUCUGGGGAUCAGAAGCUAUACUUGGAUUUUCAACUGUGUGGGGAGUGGGGGGUACUCCUAACCCCAACAUUAUUCAAGAGUCAACUGUAUAUUGUUAAGUUUGUUUUAAAGCAAUGAUGACACGACUUGUUUUGACUGAAAUGAUGAAUUGAGUCGUUUUUGCAUAAUCCUACUUGUGAAUAAAGAAUAUUCAGAAGCAAGACUAUGACUUUAGAAAGCCCAUUUUUCCCCCAAAAGAAGCUUAUUUUGGUAACUGUUUGCUCUGGGUCUUAGGCUUUUGUGCACUUUGGCUGCUCUACCCACCUCAUUCUCCUGGCUGGGCCCAGGCAUCGCCUCUUCUGGGAUGUCCUCCUGUCCUGCCUAGCUGGGUUUGGGAUCCUUCUGUUUUGUCAUUUAUUUCCAUGGGCGUGGCACUAACUUUCCAUCGGCCACAUUGCUCUGUAGUCCUGUCAGCGCAGGUAGAGCAUGGAAGGGCUCAAGGACACUGAGUGCUUUGCCAAGUGCUACACUGGCCCUACCAGUUCUAAUCCUCAGAACAACUUGAAAGGCAGGUAUCAUUAGUUUCCAUUUUACAGCCUUGGAAGCUGAGGUUUAAAGAACUUUGACUAUCUGGGGGCAUCUGGGUAUCUCAGUCGAUUAAAUGUCUGCCUUUGGCUCAGGUCAUGAUCUCAGGGUAGUGGGGUCGAGCCUUGUGUUGGGCUCCAAGCUCAGUGCAGACUGCUUGCGACUCUCUUCUACCCCUCCCUCCCACUCACGUGCUCACUCUCUAAAAUAAACUCUUGGGUGCCUGGGUGGCUCAGUUGUUAAGUGUCUGCCUUCGGUUCGGGUCAUGAUCUCCGGGUCCUAAGAUCAAGUCCCACAUUGGGCUCCCUGCUCAGCAGGGAGUCUGCU